AUGUUAUCAUCUUUAUGGAUUAAUUUAUUCGGAGAUCAAGCCUCUCACCAUCAUCAUUCCCAUCAACAAUCGGAAUGGUGGUGGGCUAUUGUAUUUAGAAAAUUGAAAGAACAAUUCAUAGAAUUACAACAAUUAAUAUUUGGAAAUGUACCUUCGGAAUGGAGUUUUAUAUUACUCAUUUUGAUGCUCCUUUGGAUUUUAAAAGUGUUAAUCACUCAUCUCUUGGCAAAAUAUAUCAUUCCAUAUGUGAGCAGUACCAAUGUGGAAGCCUACGAUUCCACACUUGAAAAAGAAGCAGCACAAUUAGAAAAAAAACACAUUCCCAAAGCUGGUAAACGAUGUGUGAUUGUUGGUGGCUCGGUCUCUGGUCUUUUAUCGGCCACAGUUGCAUCUGUACAUUUUGAUCACGUCUAUAUUAUUGAGAAAAAAGAAAUGAUUGCUGGUCAUACCAUGGUUGCACAUGGUCAUCAGACGCACAUCUUGUUGAUGAGAUGCAUACAAUUAUUGGAUUGUUUGUUGUCAACAAGUGAAAAAAGUUUUAUGGAAAGUGUCGUCGAGUUGGGAGCAUUUGAGCUUAGUAUUGAUAUGGCUGACUACAGAACCAAUGGUAUUCCAAGAGUACCUUUGAAUUUUGUUAACUUUCCAAACAUGAUCAUGAUGUCACGAACCUUUAUGGAGAACUAUUUGAGGGCACACGUGAAAAAGUUGAGCAACGUCACCAUAAUGGAGAAUACACAAGUCGAAGAUAUAGUUUGGGAGAGAUAUCAUGAAGAGCAUAGCUCAGAUUGCCACACAAUGUCUAAGAAUCGUGAACAACCAGACCUUAUCUCAUCCAAUCGUUCUCCUAAUUCUGAUGGAAUGAACACUACAUCCUCAGUACAUAACAAAAUACAUCCAUUAAGACCCAAAUACUAUAAGGGAAAUAUUGUUCAUAGGGCUGUUGGUGUAAAAAUUACCGAACCCUCUGGCAAAGAGAGUGUUAUUGAUGCUAAUUUGGUCAUUGAUUGCUCAGGCGUCUACACAAAAUCACCUGAUUGGAUUUCGGCAGAACUCUCUGAAAUAGAGAAGAAGGUAAAGCCGUUUCAAAAAACAAAAGCCAAGUCACAAAUUACAAACGUGAUGGCAAUAUUUAGGAUUAAGCCUGAAAUGCUUUCGGAGGGAUUCUACAAGCGAGAUAUUGAUGGCAAGCCGCAAUGGCUUUGUGUAUUUACAAAUGAAUUCCCAAAACCUGGUAGAGUCAUGAUUUAUCGCAUUGAAAAUGGACUGGCAAUGUUUAUCAUAAGCAAAUUGGGAACGUUUGAAAAUGCACAAAAAUUACGAUCUAAAGAGUCUGCUCUACAAUUUAUCAAGACAGAAAUUCCCAGUGCAUACAAUCAUUGUCAAAACUGUUUUGAUGCAUUUGUUGACGGUGGUGACAGACCUGUCAUGGAUUGGAGUGUGUAUCGACGUGACUACAUCUCAUUCAACCAUUGGGAAAAGUUGCCUUCUUUAUGUUCUCGUCGAGGAAAGAAAGCAAUCAUUGAGGGUUUUCUUGCAUUGGGAGACAGUGUGGCCUCUCUCAACCCCUAUUAUGGAAGAGGAAUUGCACUUGUUGCUGAGUCUUGCUUGGCACUUCAUGAAUCACUCAAAGAAGCUCGAAUGACAAAGAAAAAGAGUCGACAAAAACAUGAAUAUCCAGAAGCAUACACUUUCAACUUUAAUUUCAGUAGAAGGCUUCAAUUAUCCUUUUACCACUUGUAUGCAUACAUUUGGUUUGUAGAUUACAUGUCAGAUCUAGUUUUAUAUCCUCAGAAAGUGACUAACUGGUUCAUGAGAAAGAUUGUCAAACCUAUUCUGAGUUACUUGUUCUUCAAAUCCAUUGAAGCAUGUGAAACAGAUCAAUUCGUCUUUUUAACCAUGAUACGAUUUCAGAACAUGCUUCUCAGCUGGAAAACCUUAUUUUUUGAUUGGAGGUUUUUGUGGCACAUCUUUUUCCCCUCAUCUCAGCCACAACCCAACCGUGUGCAGUUAUUGGGAGACUAA